ACGAAUGCGUUGAUUUUGAAAGCUAUGAUAUAAUUGGCAUCGGGCAGACAUCCCACUGGAGGACAGAACACUUCUCAAAUCUCCCAUCCGCAUGCAGAAACCCCUUAAGUAGCCAAGAUGUGCAAUAAUUGGUGGUAACUCCACACAUUUGCCGCACGCAGGACAACAAAUAAUUAUCGAACCCAAGUACCGGAAGCAGCAGCAGCAUCUGAAAGCAGCGCCCACAAAAUGGCUGACCGCACACAGACCACCGCAGCAACCACAGCCACACGAAGCAGUAGACCCUGGCUGAGAGGAGAAAUUCCCGUGAUACUCGUGUUAGUGCUGCUCCUGCCACAACCGUUAUGGGCCUUCUGCCCCUCCAAGUGCCAGUGUUUGGGCGGUGAGGCCAACAGCAGGGCCCUGUGCGUGGAUGCUGCCCUCGAGGAUGUGCCCAUUCAGCUGAAUCCCGAGACAAAGUACAUCAAUCUGACGUUAAAUCGAAUACGCAAUCUGGAGUUCUCGCUGCCAUUCUACAUGAAGCUGGAGAUACUCGAUCUGUCGCAGAACAUCAUCGAGACGCUGGGCUCCAAGAAUUUCGAGUAUCAGUCGGAGCUGCGUACCCUCAAUCUCAGCAGCAAUGUUGUGAGUUCCCUGCACAAACAUGCCUUCAAGGGGUUGACUAGCUUGCUGCUGCUGGAUCUCAGCUACAACCGCAUCGAGACGGUGCAUCCGACAGCCCUCAGCGAUCUGGCGUCUCUGGUGGAGCUGGAUCUGACCAACAAUAAUAUUGUGAGUCUCGAGGAUAACUGCUUCAAGGGCAUGUCCACGCUGGAGGUGCUCGUGUUUCGCAACAAUCGGCUGCUUGACGUACCGGCCAGCAAUCUGUGGCAUCUGCAUGCCCUCAAGAGCCUCGACAUGUCCGACAAUCUGGUGGAGUUUGUGCGGAAUGACAGCUUUGAGGGUCUGAAGGAACUCCUGGCCCUCAGCCUCAGGGGCAAUGUGAUGAGCGAGCUGGAUGCGAACGCCUUUGAGGGACUCAUCUCGCUGAAGCAUUUGGAUCUGGCCGAUAACAAUCUCACGAUGGUGCCCACCCAGCAGCUGGCGAAACUUUCGAAUCUCACCUAUUUGAACCUUGGGGGCAAUCGCUUUUCCCACCUGCCCGCCGUGGCAUUCCUCAACUUGUUUCAUUUACGCGAAUUGCACUUGAGCCGCCUCGACUAUUUGCAGCGCAUCGAUUCGAGAGCCUUUGUGGAUAACACGCACCUGCAGACGCUGCACCUGAACUACAAUCCGCAGCUGAGCGACAUACCGAUGCGCCUGUUCCAGGGCAAUCCCAACAUCCUGGAGGUCUACAUGCAGAGCAACAGUCUGCAGACUCUGUUCUCCGCCCAGUUUCCGGUGGAUCAGCUGCAGAAGCUAUACUUGGGGGAUAAUCCACUGCAGUGCAACUGUUCGCUGCUGUGGCUGUGGCGCCUCGUUACCGGAAACUUUGAGGGCAUUGAACCACCGCUAGAUCAUGCACCGGGCGGUGCUGUGGCCGCCUUGGCAAAGGAGGCAAACCAAAGGGAGGGGGAGCAGGAGACGGAUGAUGCCACCACGGCGGCCGUGGCGGAGGAUGGUGUGGCCGUUUUGGCUGCCUACAUAGCCGAGCAGCACAUUGCGAAUGCCCUGCACACCACCGAACCGAGUGCCUACGAGCUGGCCACCUCCUCAUCAUCGGCGAACCGCAACACUGGGUAUCUGCGGAUGGACCGGCAGCAGAUCGGCUGCGACAUCUGGCGGGACACGGUGCGCACGCGUCGCCAGCUGUUGGCCAUGAGCGAGGGCGAAAUCACCUGCCCCGCCCACAUUGUGACGGUGGUGUGUGCCGUCAUCACGUGCCUCCUGGUGGCCAUGAUCGGGGUGAGCGUUCUCUACUAUCUGCGCUUCGUCAAGCGCCGCAGGAAGCUGCUGCACGAGCGCGGACCAAUGCGCACCAGCAAGAGCAUCAUCAAUGUCCAUGACCGAAUCCUGCAGGGCCACCAGUCGCUGGGCGGCAAUGGACUCGGCAUGGGCAUGGGCAUGGGCAUGGGCAUGAGCAUGACACUGGGCGGCAGCAAUGGGGGCAUGGGCAUGAUGAAUUAUCCACACAACGCCCAAACGCUGCAGGCGCACCAUCACUACCACCAGGCGAUGCCGCUGCAGGCACACAACACAGGGAGUGGGCAUGACUAUCAGCAGACGACGCUGCCGCAGCUGGACAAACUGGAGCUGGAGCGCUAUCUGGCCGCCCAGACGAUUGCCAACGAGUACAGGGCUCUGAAGCCCUGGGAGCUGCCCGUCAAGGAGGCGGACGACGAGCCGGAGCAUCUGUACGAGCGCUUCGAUCACUACGAGUAUCCCGAUACUCAGACCAUGAGCAAACUCAAGCAGGCGGCAUCGCUCUCGAAAUCAUCUGGUGAUCCACCAGCUGCAGCUGUGGCAUCGAAUGGGAAGCCGCACGUUGUCUACGUAUGACGUGGACGUGGCCAGGUCGAGACGGGCAUGGAAAUGGAAAUGGUGGGCCUAAAUCUCACCAACAACAACUAUCGGAGCUAUGUGCAGAGCGAGUUCUGAAAAGAGGGGGGAUCGCUAGGAUCCGAUGAAGAUGCCAUUGAAACAGGGAAUGUGAGGUUAUGGUUUGUUUAAGUUUCGGUUCUAAUUUCUAAAAACAAAACAAAA